AUGAGGGGCCAUCAGUACACCUGGGAGAAGAGUAAGGGGACGGAUGGGUGGUUGGAGGAGCGUCUUGACAAGGUGGAGAGCCAGUUGAGCCAACUAGAGGCCCAAGAGGAUGUGUUCUGGAGGCAACGUGCCAAGCAACAUUGGCUCCGUGGUGCCGAUGCUAACACUCAUUUUUAUCACAGGUAUGCCUCUGCCCGAAAGAAAAGAAAUUGUGUUUCUAGGAUUAUGAAUGAUGCAGGGGUAUGGGUGGAGGGUGAGGCUAUGAAUCGGGUAGUUUUAAAUUAUUUUAAAGCUAUUUUCGCUUCUGGUGUUUCUGAAUGUGUGGACCCCUUAUUUGAUGAUUUUGCACCUCGAGUAUCCCUUGAACAAAACAAUGAGUUAUUGCGCCCUUUUGUGCCUGAGGAAGUCAAAACUGCUCUGUUCUCUAUGUUCCCUGACAAAGCACCGGGGCCGGAUGGAAUGAAUCCGGGUUUCUAUCAGCACUUUUGGGAUGUAGUUAGGGGUGAUGUGUCUCAGUUUGUUGUGAAUUGUUUGAAUAAUUCCACUUUUCUAGAGGGAUUAAACGAUACAAAUGUUGUGCUAAUCCCGAAGAAAGCUAUGCCUGAAACAGUAGCUGAUUUGAGACCAAUAGCGCUGGGGAAUGUACUUUAUCGUAUCAUGGCUAAAAUGAUCACUAACAGGAUGAAACCACUUAUGGGAGAUUUGAUCUCAGAAUCUCAGAGUGCUUUUAUCCCAGAGGGUCUAUCUUUAUUACUACAGAAGGCGCAUAUGAUGGGCUAUAUACACGGAUGCAGAGUUGCUAGGGGGGCACCCCCAAUCUCGCAUCUAUUCUUUGCGGAUAACAGUCUGUUAUUUUUCAGGGCAAAUGUGCAAGAGGCUACGGUGAUUAAACAAUGCCUAAAUCGUUAUGAGAAUUUGUCUGGUCAAAAGGUAAAUUUUCAUAAGUCUAAUAUCUGUUUUAGCAGAAACACGCAGGAGGCCGAAAGAUUGGCGGUGGCAGAUUGCCUGCAAGUUGACCAAGCCCCAAAUUUUGGAAAAUACCUAGGUCUUCCUUCGUUUGUGGGAAGAAAUAAGAAGGCAGCUUUUGCGUAUGUAGAGGACAAGAUCAGGCAAAGGAUAGGGUCAUGGAAUAAAAAACUGCUAUCACAGGCUGACUCAGUCACUUUGUCCAUUGAGAGAACUAUGAAUAGAUAUUGGUGGGGCAGUGGAACGAACAGGAGGAUCCACUGGAAAGCUUGGGAUAAGCUGUGUGUUCCCAAGAAUUAUGGUGGUCUGGGUUUUAAGGAUCUACGGAAAUUUAAUUUGGCAAUGCUAGGAAAACAGGGCUGGAGAUUUCUAACUAAUCCAAACACUUUGGUAGCAAAAGUUUAUAAGGCACGGUAUUAUCCGAAUACCUCUUUUGUGGAUGCAACCAUUGGAAACUGUCCUAGUUAUUGCUGGAGAAGUAUUAUGGCAGCACAUGAUAUUAUUGUGUCUGGUGUAAGGCGAAGGGUGGGUAAUGGAAAAUCAACUUUGAUAUGGGGACAUCCCUGGUUGCCUGAUGACCCAAGCCCUUUGGUUCAGACAGAAAUGCCUAUACAACUAAGAGAUGCGCCCGUUGCUGGACUGAUUGAUCAACAAACAAAUACAUGGGAUCCACAUAUCCUAUCAGAUAUAUUUAUCCCAGAAGAUGUGAACAGAAUAUUGAUGAUCCCUGUGAGCCCAGAUUAUGAGGACUCAUGGUAUUGGUUGGGUGACCCUAGGGCAAUAUAUUCAGUAAGGAAUGCCUACAGGAAGCUGGUUAGUGAUUAUGCAUAUGCCCGGGUGCUUUUGAUAAAUGGGCAACUAUAUGGAAGUUAA